AUGUCCCUUUUCCUUUAGACUUACUGUCAGAGUGACUUUGAAAAAUCAAACAAAUUUUUACAAUCUUAAUAGGAAGAAGAAUUUGAUUUUUUGGUCCUUAGAAAUGAGUCAGAAGAGAAACACACUGCAUUUUACUAUCACAAGUGGGCUAAUUUUGUUGUUUGGGGAAUUUUAGCAGAUUUAGGCAUCUUAGCUAACAGAUAUGGUUCAUUAAGCAAACAUAGAUUAAAUUUACAUAGUAUCAUCAUGGGUCUAUGCGUGUUUCUUACUGUAAUCGCAGAAAUACUUAUGAUAGCUAUCUGGAAUCCGCCUGAAUUCUAUGGUAAUUAGAAUUUAGGUUCUAUUCAUGCUCCCAUAGGAUUUGCAUAUUUGGGACUGAUGAUAUUAUAGAGUAUAGGAGGAGUAAUAUUAAAAUUAUGUAUUGAAUCAAGCAAUCCACAAAGAUAUACCAAAAUCAUGUCCUUGGGUCACAUCUAUCUUGGAUACAGCAUGUAUUUUCUUGGCAAAAUCUAAUGCGGGUUUGGAUUCUAUAUAGUGUAUAGUAACUUAAAAGGGGAAGGCGAAGGAAACUUAAUUAUGUUUUGGAUAGUUUAUGCUUUGUUAUUCUUUUGGAGAAUCAUAUUCGAAUGGCUAUAUUAGAAGGGAACUCUUUUCGAUUACUUUUAUUCUGCAAAUCAAACUAUUGAAAGAACGGGUAGCAUAUAGGAUUCCCUAUUUGUGUAAUAUCUAAUAUAAAAUGAUUAGCUGAAUAUUGAAAAAGAAUAUAGUAACAAAAUGUGGUUUAUUUUUAAUAACAGCAUUGUUGAUUUGACAGGGUUUGUACAUCCUGGAGGCCAAUACAUAUGGGAAAAGACAAAGGGAAGAGAAAUAUCAAGAUUCAUCUAUGGUGGGUAGAGCUUAGAGGAUGGAAAUACGGCAGCCUAUACUCAUUCUAAUAGUGUGAUAACUUUAAUUUAAAGAUAAACUAUCGGACAUUUAAAUGGAAAUUCUCAUGAAAAUGUGACUUAAUAAAAUAUUAACAAAUGGACUUUGGUCAAUCAUUAAAAGAUAUCUGAAAAAAUAAGUCUAUUUGGAUUUAAGAACUCAUCAAAAUAGAUAGAGUCUAAGUUUACUAAUCUUCAUUAAUUUGGAAAAUACUAUCAAAUAAAAUCUUCAGUGAACAAAAAGAUUUCUGAAAGGCAAUAUACUUCAGUGGUAAGUAUGGCUCCUGAAAAUGUUUAAUAUAGACAGAAGUUAAUAAAUAUGAUUUAGUAAUUAAAUAAGAUCGAAUCAGAAGAUGCUGUAUAAAUGGGUUAGCAAGCAAGAUAUUUAAAUGAAUUGCCAUUAAUAAUAAAGAAGUACGAGUCCAAUUUCGGUUUUUCUCAAUAUAUCCAUUCCCAUUUAAAUGAGGAUUAUGAAAUUGAAGGACCCUAUGGACCUUCCUUAGGAUUGCCAAAUAAGGGUAGGGUCGUAUUUGUUUGUGGAGGAACAGGAAUUUUACCCUUUUUGGAUUUAUUAGAUUUUUAGUUGUAAUCUGCAACUUACCAAAUUGUAAAGAAAAAAUUUGGUCAAAAAGUAGCAGAAAGGUUGAAUCCAUUUGAAUGUUAAUUCAACAAUGGUCUGCAUAUUACAUUGAUUUUUGCAAUUACACAUAAAUCAGAAUUAAUAGGGUUAGAAAUAUUUAAAAAUUUAAUUUCUUUAUAAAAUGAGUUAGAGGAGCAAAGCUUUAGGAUGAUUUUGAAAAUAACAGAAUAGAUUGAGGGCUUUACUUGUGUCAAUGAUAGAUUUGAUCAGGAGUUUAUGAGAUAGUAAUUAGGACAGUUGUCUUAAUAUGAUAAAUUUUAUGUGUGUGGGCCUCCUGCUAUGAAUUAAACAGUUCCUCAAGCAUUAAUGAGUUUAGGAGUUUAAGAGAAGUAUAUCCAUUAUGUUUGA